UUCGUAAAAGCCUGCCUCUGAAGUCUGUAAGCUCCGUAGAAGUACAUCUGUCUCCCUCUCUGCUUCUUUUUCCUACAUUAUUUUUCAUACACAAAACACAAUACAACACAACACACACACUCUCUCUCUCUCUCCUCUCUUUCUCUCUCUAAGCUGGCAUGGGCCAGUGUCAGGUGUCUGCUUUUCACCACCCCUGCUCCUCCUCCUCCACCCCCUCCUCCUCCUCCACAACACUCACCGUUUCUCUCUUCUCCCCAAAAACACUUUCAUGAACAGAAAAUGGCCUCUCUUUCUCUCUCCUCGUACUAAUAACUACUACUACUACUACUACCACCACUACUACUAACUGCAACAGCAAACCAACAUCGCCGGCGGUCAUGGAAAUCAUGGGUUCGACCUCAUCGGGCGGGUCCUCCUCCAGCGAGUCCCUCAACGGCCUGAAGUUCGGCAAGAAAAUCUACUUCGAGGACGUGGGUCCCACCGGCGCCCCUCCCAAAUCCGGUUCUGGGUCGUCGUCAUCGUCCUCCGCCGCCACGCCGCCGAAGAAGGUCCGGGCCGGGCCGGUCCAGACCGGCCAGCCUCCGAGGUGCCAGGUGGAAGGGUGUAAGGUAGAUCUGAGCGACGCCAAGGCGUAUUAUUCGAGGCACAAAGUUUGCGGUAUGCACUCAAAAUCACCCAAAGUCAUUGUCGCCGGUCUUGAACAGAGGUUUUGCCAGCAGUGUAGCAGGUUUCAUCAGCUUCCGGAGUUUGAUCAAGGGAAACGCAGUUGCCGUCGGCGCCUUGCUGGUCAUAAUGAGCGUCGGAGGAAGCCACCACCUGGAUCGUUACUGUCUACGCGCUAUGAAAGCAGCAGCAGAGUUGGCAGCUUUCUGAUGGACUUCUCAGCGUACCCUAGGCUUGCUGGGAGGAAUGCGUGGGCAACUGCUAGAGUCUCUGAGCGGGUGCCUGGAAACCACGCCACCAUUCCAACAGGAAAGUUUCUUCCUUAUCCAUGGCAGAGCAGCUCUGAGAAUCCUCCAUCCGACCUUUUCCUGCAGGCUUCAGCAUGUGGGACGAGCAUCCCAGCUAGUUAUGGAAUUCCUCCACUGCCUUCGGGAGAAUGCAUUUCAGUAGUUGCAGACUCAAGCUGUGCUCUCUCUCUUCUGUCAAACCAACCAUGGAGCUCCAGAAACCGACCAUCGUCAGGUCUCGAGCUCCAUUCCUUGAUGAAUGCUCAAGGGGCACCUGUGGCUGAACCAACAGCAGCUCCUCAUGGUGGACCUGUCAAUCACUUUCCAACCACUUCUUGGGGCGUAAAGAGUGAUAUGGCUGGUAGCAGUUCACACCAGAUCCUUCCCGACCUUGGCCUCGGUCAAAUCUCGCAGCCUCUUACUAGUCAGUUCUCGGGUGAGCUCGAGCUGUCCCAACAGAGUAGGAGGCCUUUUAUGGAACCUGGACACUCCAGGGAUUUCGACUCCUCCGGUCAGCACAUGCACUGGUCACUCUAGAAUAAGUCUCUUUAACAUAUCUGCAGUUCUAAUGAACUAUUUCGAUCACUUUUGAGGUGUAAGUUGGGAACUUUCUGCAAAAACUUUCUUUUGCUUUGCCCUCUUGUGGGGCAUGACCUUAGACUGACUUUUGGUUCUAUGUUAAUCAUUCAUGUGUGUGAAAAACACUGAUACUCAUGGUGUUAGCCUUGCUUUUUACUUAUCUAAUCGGCCGAGCUCUGUGAUAAUUGAUGCUGUUUUUUGUU